AGUAUAUGUGUCGUGUUUCUCUGUGACAAUUAUUAACUUUUUUCUGUUGUAUGUUUCGUGUCCAUGGCUGCGUAUCUUCAAGUUAUUGUGCGAAAAAUGAUAUCAAAGAUCAGAAAUGUGAAUGUCUGCAAAGCAUGAAGAUUGCUUAAAAAAGGAGAUCACAUAAUACUCGAAGACAUUGCGGGAUUUUGCUCGAAGCAAUGUGAUAUGCGUGCGAAUAUAUACAUAUAAUAGUUUAUUAUACUAAAAACGAUAAGUCAGAAUGACUUUAUCGAUCUAUUUUUUGGCUGCUAUUGCUGCUUUGGGGACGGUUAGCGGUCUAGAGGGACCAAACAUAUGUACUAGGCAAGCAACGUACACGGUAACGGUGAGGAUAUCGGAACAGAAACCUUACACUGUUCGAGAGAACACUUGGUGCUUCAGCUUUCCGCCGCGAUGCUCUAAAUACAAAGUGGUAUUCAAAACAAUAUACAAAGAAGAGAAAUUAACGAAACAGAGACCCGUGGAAGAAUGUUGUAAAGGCUACACGGAGACCAAUAAUGGCGAUCGUUGCAUUCCUAUCUGUUCCAAGGAUUGUGUUCAUGGCACUUGUAUUGCGCCAGAUGUCUGCAAGUGUGAGUCAGGAUAUGGAGGUCCAUUAUGCGAUUACAAAUGUCCAUCAGGAAAAUGGGGCAAGUCUUGCGAAAUGGAUUGCAUGUGCCAGAAUGGGGCCACUUGCGAUCCAUUCGAUGGUAAAUGCUUGUGUACUAGAGGUUGGACCGGCAAAUACUGUAAUCAGGAGUGUCCUCCUAAUAGAUAUGGGCAAGACUGUGGCGAGGAGUGCCGUUGUAGGAAUGGUGGAAGCUGCCAUCAUAUUUCUGGCGAAUGUCAUUGUGCUCCAGGUUAUACAGGACCUCUUUGCGAUGAUUUAUGCCCGCCAGGAAAACACGGCGAUGAAUGCAAGUCAGAAUGCAAAUGUCAGAAUGGUGGUUCUUGCAAUGCUACAACUGGCGAUUGCUAUUGUACACGUGGAUGGACUGGUUCAGUUUGUGCGAAUCGAUGUCCAGAAAAUUUCUGGGGUAAAAAUUGUUCCCAAGAAUGUGAUUGUUACAAUGGAGCUGGCUGCCAUCAUAUUACUGGGGAAUGUGAAUGUAAACCAGGCUUUUAUGAUGAAAUGUGCCUAAAGAUAUGUCCCGAAGGAACAUUCGGUUUGAAUUGUACAAAUAACUGUACCUGCGAAAAUGAUGCACAUUGUUUUCCGAUUGACGGAACAUGUAUCUGUAGUCCCGGUUGGACGGGCGAAAAGUGCAAUAAGCGUGUUUGUCAAAAUGAAUUAUGGGGACCCAAUUGUACAAAGGUUUGUGAAUGUGAGAAUGACAAUACAGAAAUGUGUCAUCCUUGGACUGGAAAGUGUAUUUGCAAACCAGGCUGGGAUGGUGAUACCUGUGCCCGACCUUGUCCACUUUAUAUGUAUGGAAAAGGCUGUCAGAAUCGUUGUAAUUGCAAGAAUAACGCGCAGUGUUCGCCUAUAAAUGGAACGUGUAUUUGUGCAGCAGGAUACAGAGGUGAAGAUUGUAAUGAAGUAUGUCCAAACAACACUUACGGCGAAAACUGUGCACAAAAAUGCGUCUGCAAGAAUGGUGCUACUUGUUUACCCGAGAGUGGUCGAUGCAACUGUACAGCAGGAUGGGUUGGUGUUUCGUGUGAUCGUCCCUGCGACGAGAAAUCUUUUGGCAAGGACUGCGAGAGUAAAUGCAAAUGCUUUAACAAUGCUGCCUGCAAUCCACAAAAUGGCACAUGCACAUGUGCGGCUGGCUUCGUCGGUGAAUUUUGUCAAGAUCAUUGUGAAAAAGGAUUUUUUGGGCUGAGAUGUACACAAUUCUGUGACUGUCAUGAAGAAAAUAGUCUAGGCUGUGAUUUUACUACUGGUCAUUGCAUCUGUAAGCAAGAAUGGCGAGGAAUCCGUUGUGAGACAAAGUGUCUAGAAGGUCUUUAUGGUGACGACUGUCAUUCGCAAUGCGAGUGUAUGAACAAUAGUUCAUGUGAUCCGGAAACAGGCACUUGUAUUUGUGCCAGAGGCUGGGAAGGUCCUGACUGUUCUCAACCCUGUAAAGAAGGGUGGUACGGGGUACGCUGUAACGAAAAGUGUCCGGAGAAAAUGCAAGGAAAUGUGACCUGCGAUCAUGUCACUGGUGAAUACGUUUGCCGACCUGGAUACUUAGGUUUAACUUGCGAGCAUCCUUGUCCACCUAAUCGUUAUGGAUUAAAUUGUGCCAGUCGUUGCCGGUGUAAAAAUGGUGGAGAGUGUCAUCAUGUAACAGGUGUGUGUCAGUGUCGACCUGGUUGGCAAGGUGAGUUUUGUCAAGUAUCCUGUCCAGAAGGGACGUAUGGAAUGAACUGCAGUCAACAUUGUACAUGUCAACAUGGAGGCAAAUGCAGAUCUAAUGAUGGUCACUGUCGUUGUGCACCUGGUUGGACUGGAACCAAAUGUACUGAGAUUUGUCCAGAAGGAUAUUAUGGCGAUCAUUGCAUGGAACCUUGUGAUUGCAAAAACGAUUAUUACAUUUGUCACCCUGUUGAUGGUUGCAUAUGCAGACAUGGAUAUUCAGGUCCAAACUGUGAUGAAGAAUUAUUUUCGCGUAAUGUACAAGAAAAAGAUGAAACAGGUUAUGGUAGUAUGAUAACAGGAUUUUUAUUUGCUGCGAUCGUUGUUAUGGUAAUGACCUUGGCAGGAUGGUUAUAUCAUCGACGUAGAGUAGCAGAUUUGAAAAAUGAAAUUGCCCAAGUACAGUAUAUCGCUGAACCUGCUUCCCCCCCGGAACAAACACAGUUCGAUAAUCCCGUAUACGCCUAUCAAGGUUCUUCUAAAUUUGAUGAUGGAACCACUACAUUGUUAAACAACUUCCAGUUCAGAAAUAAUCUUGGAACCAGUAAGAAAAUAAAUAAUGAAAAAGCUAAGCUUGGAAUGAAUAGUUGUACAGAUGAUGAAGAUGAUUGCAAAGGUUCGUAUAAUCGAUAUGAUUUAAAGAACAGAGAUGCAGAUAUGGGUAAUCCAAAUCUUAAUGUAUACCAUAGUAUCGAUGAAAUGGAUGGAAAAAAAAUUGAACACGUUUAUGAUGAAAUCAAGCAAAAUAAUGACGAAUCAGAAUAUGAUCAGUUGGAUAAUCCAAGACCAGUUAGCGAAUAUAAACAAUAUAAUCGAAUGCUGAAUGGUUUUUGCUCUAAAUCUUCAGAUCAUGCAGGACCUAGUAGUUUGAAAGAAAAGGAUCCUGAACGUGGUGAAACGUAAAUUUCCUUUGAAACUCACAAACUCAGGUUAAAUCGUGCAGGUUUAAAAUUUAAAUGUAAUUUAAAUACAUAUAUUUUUGAUGUAAAAAAGUAAAUUUUUAA